CUAUUUCCAAAGAGUUGAGUGAUGGUGUUAAGGUUUUUGUUACGUUACUUUGCCAAUAACGAACAAUUGGUGCAACGGCUGUCUGAAAGUUAUCCGAUAAGACGAGCAGCACAGUUACUAGUGGCUGCAUUUUUGCGAUCUAAAAAUGUGGCAGAACAACGCGGUAUCAAUGAUUUGUCACCGGACAAACUUCGUCGCAUUCUGACACAAUUCACUAAUUUAAAAGAGGAAAUUGAAGAUAUAAAGAAGAAGAAAUAAACAGCCAGCUCUACAUAGUUAU